GACUCCGCUGCGUUUGUCAACAUGGACGUAGAAGCAGAGGUGCUGAAGUGAGCGGCUUUUGUGUCGCAGAUAGUCAUCCCAGUGGGAAGAUCAUCUAAUGAGGGGUCCUUCCUCAGUGUCCAUUCAACAACAGCAGCUCUUCGGGAUAAUAAAAUGGCCCAUGCAGAGAGUCCCUUGCCCCCGACAUCGCUGAGGCUCCUGGUUCCUCCUUUGCGGGUGAUGUCAGCUGUGAUGUGGAAGGUGGUUCAUCUGAGAAAUAUCAAGCAUUAUGGGAAAGUGGAGGAAUUUGUGUCCUUGGUAUCUGAAGCCAUUCCUGACAUCUUGACAAGCCGACAGAUGUCACUGCUCACAUUGGGGUUAAGGGCAAAGAUGACAUUACAAAUGUUAAACUCUGAGGAUCUCAGAGGCGGUGAAACACAGUCGAAUGGCCUGCUGCAAACUAGCUCACGACAGCAGGUCUGUCCAGAUGGUAACCAUCUUGAAGCCAACAUUGUCACAUUUGUUCAGAGACUCCUGGAGGACUCAGAGGGGAGAGAACACUUCCUGAAAAAUGUGUUUCCUGUGGAGUACGGGCCUGACUUUGAUACAGCACUGGAAACGCUUCUCUGUGACUUCUUCUCCAAACUGGAAGAGCUGCUGCCGGUACCAGACUUCAAGGAGGCUGCUGUUUGGAUUGGUGAUGCACCGGCUGUGCUAGAGGAGUACAUUCAAUAUGUAACCAAAUCUGAUGACCUCAAAGUAUUGCUCAGAAGCAGGGCUCCCAUAGGUGAACUGACCAAGAUGGAUUCUAGUGUGCCAUCUCUCUCGGAGCAGCGGCUUUUCUCCUCAUUAUCUCUCCCCAUUUCCCUGAGAGACAACAGUGCCAAAUACGUGGAAUCAAACGCACAAACCUUUGAAAACCAAAGAGUGUCUGAGGCAGUUGCUCUUCAAAAAACCAGAGAUGUUGACAUAUGGGAUACAAGAUGGCCAUGUGAGGAGGAAUCUCACAUUCUGAACAGCAGGAAUGCAGAACAAGUGAGAGGAGGAAAAGGCACCGACAGUAUCCCUGAUGCUCACAUUGUGGAGGAGUGCAGUGACCAAGUUACAGCAGCACCCCAGGCUCCCUCUUCAUCUACUGAGAGUCCUGCGCUGUCCAGCUCUACGAUCGGCCCUCCAAGGCAGAGAGUUGCACACAAAUGCACUCAGUGUGGGAAGUGCUUCAUUUACAGGUAUGAACUCCUGGAGCAUCAGCGGCUGCACACCGGAGAAAACCCUUACAAGUGCUCUCAGUGUGGCAAAGCCUUUCGGCGGAGCUCUGAUCUGUCAAGUCACAGGCGGACACAGUGCAGAAAAGCAGCUUAUAUUUGCAUCAAAUGUGGGAAAAGCUUUCAAUCUAUGCAGGAAAAAUUUAGACACCAGUGUGUUCAUAGUGUCCAAAAGUUUGAUUGUUCGUAUUGCGGGAAAAGUUUUAAGAAAAUGUACCUGCUGGCUAAGCACAAGCUGACUCACAACCAGAACCGUAUUUUCACAUGCAGACAGUGCGGGGAAGUGUACCCGGGUAUGAGCGAGCUAAGAUCGCAUCAAAAGAUCCAUCCUCCUCAGCUGUCCAAUCAGUGCCAGCAGUGCGGAAAGUUUUUCAGCUCUGCUGCGUGUUUGACCGCUCACCAGCUGCGCCACACGCAACAAAGGACGCAGAUCUGCGCACGCUGCGGCAAAGCCUUCAAGAGCAAACACGACCUGAACCUUCACAUGCGCAGCCACACGGGCGAGAGGCCAUUCCAGUGCACCUACUGCGGGAAGCGCUUCUCUGUGUCAGGAAAUUUAAACAUACACAUAAGAAUUCACACGGGAGAGAAACCGUAUCUGUGCUCUGACUGCGGCAAGGCUUUCAUCUCAGCUGGCGAGCUGCAGAUUCACAGACGCACCCACACGGGGGAAAAGCCGUACAAGUGCUCAGUGUGCGGGAGAGGAUUCACCAUGGCGAGCAAAGUGACGCUCCACAUGCGCAUUCACACUGGGGAACGCCCCUAUGAGUGCGCCGAAUGCGGGAAAGGGUUUUCCCGCGGCAGCGAACUGAAAAAACAUAGAAUGAGCCAUACAGGAGUUCGGCCCUACGCUUGUCAACUGUGUGCAAAGACUUACACAUGCCUCAGUCACCUGAAGAGGCACUUAAAAUCUCACAAUGUAGUCCAGGCUCAGACUCCCUGAUUCUGCUGAUUCUUAACAAAUGCUAUUUUUCCACUGAAACUGUCUUCAUGCAGCAACACUACUCACUAUUGUUGACUUUGUCCACUGUGUUAUAGGAUUCAGAGUGUUGGAGGGAUUAUGUUGCAGCUUUUUUUUUUUUUUUUGAUUCGUUCCUUAAUCCUGUGAUGUCUAAAAUUUAAUGUUCAAGCGCAGCUUUUAGUUCUGACAUACACAUUUUCUUUGUCCUUUGAUGUCCUAAACUGUAUCUUAACAUUAUGAAAGAAAACAGUGCUGUUCUCUGUUUAUUAGUGCCUAUUUUCACUGAGGUAACACUUAAUUUCCUACUGGAUAAGCAUUAUUUACACUGUUCAAUAUUGUAAACACAGAAUAAAGAA